CUCAGCUCGGCUCGGCUCGGCUCGGUGGGAGACAUGCACGCCACGCUGCUGGGCAUCCUGGGGCUGGCCCUGCUCGGGGCACUGCACGCGCAGGACGGCGUUCCCGUGCAACCUGACUUCCAGCAGGACAAGAUCACGGGGAGAUGGUACAGCAUCGGCCUGGCCUCCAACUCCAACUGGUUCAAGGAGAAGAAGCACCUGAUGAAGAUGUGCACCACGGUCAUCUCCACCACCGCAGAUGGGAACCUGGAAGUCACCUCCACCUACCCCAAGGGUGACCAGUGCGAGAAGAGGAACAGCCUUUACACCAAGACGGAGCAGCCGGGNNNGUUCAGCUACACCAGCCCACGCUGGGGCAGCAAGCACGACAUCCGUGUGGUGGAGACCAACUACGAGGAGUACGCCUUGGUGGCCACCCAGAUCUCCAAGAGCACCGGCUCCUCCACCAUGGUGUUGCUCUACAGCCGGACAAAGGAGCUCAGUCCCGAACGCCUGGAGAGGUUCACCCAGUUCUCCAGGGAGCAGGGCCUGACGGACGAAGAGAUCCUCAUCCUGCCCCGGACGGACAAAUGCAUGGCCGAUGCUGCCUAG